AUGUCAUUGGCAAACACGAACGAACAUCAUCAACACCAAUCCUACAUCUACAAUCACAACCACUACCACUACCACCACCCAAUGGAUGACAACCAAACCCGCGUCGCCGACUUCCUCGAUGACAAACUACAGACCACGGCCGACCUCGACUCGCUCGACGACCUGCUCGCCAAGAUCCACUCCCAGCAUGGCCUACUCAAGGCCCAGCUCCAAGAGGGCCAGCGCGACCUCCACGAUGCCAAACAGGCUGCCCAUGACCACCACGCCCACCUCCAGCAGCGCGCCGAAGCCUUUCGCCACCAUCAGGCCGACAUGGACCGCCGCCUCAUGGUCAUGACUGCCUCGGAGACGAGCGACGAGGCGGUCCCCCGCUUCCAAGCCGUGCUCGACACCCUGCACCGCCUGGACGUCGCCCAUGGAUACCUCGAGCUGUUGGCCGACGUCGACGUGCUGAGCAAACAAGCCCAGUCGCUGCUCCAGACGUCCAGUGAAGCCGCCCUGCAGCCGUACAUCCAGCUGCGCUCCCUCCAUACCCGCCUCAUGGCCCUGCAGAUCGAGGCAGAAGGGGCCGCUCCCCAGCUGCUCCAUCACGUCGGCAACAUCACCCAGGCCCUGCGCAGCCAGUUUCUCAAGGCCUUCUCCGCACCUCUCGAGCACGUCCUCAAGAAGAUUCGCUGGCCUACGCCCAAAGCAAACAUACCCGUCCAACUGCGCGACGAGUGGGAGACGGCCGUGGUGAAACUGCUGGACUUGCAGAUGCCUGACCUACAAGGCCUGAGCUAUGCCAGCGGGCCAGCCGACAAGGUCAAGCUGCCGCCCGUGCUGUACCCCCUGCAAGUCCUGGUAGAGCCGCUGGAAAUGCGCUUCCGCUACCACUUUGAUGGCGACAAGGCUACCAAUCGCAUCGACAGGCCAGAAUACUUUCUCUCCCACGUUACCACGCUUUUGGAUGACUACAGCGGAUUCGUCGGCGACCAUCUUCAGCCUGUCCUACUCCGGCAAUUUCGUGGCACACCUCUGGCCAUGAACCCGGUUUACAUGGAUGCCAUGUCUGCGUUCAUUACCGCCCUGUUGCCAAUGCUGAGGACCAAGAUCGGCUCACUACUUCCCAAGGUGGCAGGCCAACCCCAGCUACUCAGCCACCUGAUGCACGAGAUCAUGAGCUUUGACACGACCAUUCGCGACACCUGGGGCUACGACGGCGGCUACGGAGUGGACGGAUGGAAGGGGCUGUCGUGGGAGUUUCUUGUGCAGGGUGAUUGGUUUGGCCGCUGGCUGCAGGUCGAAAAGGACUUUGCCCUGUCACGCUAUCAGAAUAUUGUCGAGGCUCCCGAUUUCGGUGACCUCGACUACGAAAGUGUCGAUCCCAAGUCCACCAAGCCCACCAAGGGAGCGAUCCGCGUCAAUGACCUCCUCGAGACAAUCACAGGUGAACUGACUCGCAUGCACUAUUCAGAUCGAUACAGACCCCUCACCUCAUUCAGCCAGAAGCUCACCUUCUUGAUUGACAUUCAGAUUGCCAUUUUUGACAAACUACAUGAACGGCUUCUGGGAAAUCUAGAAGCCUACCUCUCCAUGACCACUUCGCUGGGCCGCGCCAUGGGUGGUGUGACCAAGGAAGAACAGUCGAAGCUCCUCGGUAUAGAGGGACUGGAACGCCUUUGCAAGACGUAUGGCAGCGCAGACUAUUUGGAACGGGCGAUGCGGGACUGGUCUGACGAUGUGUUCUUCCUCGAUAUAUGGGAAGGUCUCCAAGAUCGUGCUCGUGCCGCCCACAACAUCGGCACCAUGAGUGUGGCUGACGUUGCCGAACGCACGUCGAAGAGUGUAGACAGCGAUGCCGACGGUGGUUCGCUGUUUGACGAAACGGCAUCGUGGUACGCGCGGCUUCGUGAGCGAAGCGAGAAAAUCAUCAUCGACACAAUGGGUAGCAAUGCGAGGGAGGCGUUGCGCCCCUAUAGACACAUUAACCCGUGGGCUACGCUGACCCACACCGCGGCUGCUACACCUGCUUCAUUGUCUCCCACAGCCGAGAUCGACCCCUUACUCACCUACCUCUCCAGCACGCUCUCCUUUCUCUCCCGUGCCCUGGCGUCGGCACCACUGCGCCGCAUCACGCGUGCGGUCUUGUCCACCAUCUCCUCGACGCUUUGGGACAAUGUGUUGACCCGGUAUCGGUUUUCGACGGGUGGCGCCGCACAGCUGACGGCCGAUAUCAACGCCAUAUGUCAUGUGGUGGACAAGGUGCUUGGCCCUGGUGUGGCCGAAGCAGGACUGCGGAAAUGCAUCGAGGGUGCUACGUUGAUUGGUGCACCUGUCAAGGGUGGUAAAGCGUCUAAUCACGCCGCGAGUGGGGAGGCGCUUGAUGAUGAUGAUGAUGACGGUAAGAAUAAUGGCGGAGACGCCGAGGAAGCAGACGGGUGGGAUGCCUGGGAUGCGGAUCAAGGAGAUGACGGACAGGCCAGUUCGAUGCAAGAAGCAACGCCUGCUGUUUCUGGUGAAGCCCAGGCGUUGGGCUUGUCGUCUGGGGAGGCUGGUGUUGCUGUGGAGGAGUUGGGGUUGUGGGAGGUGGAACGGAGGCUGUUUGCGGAUAAUCAGAGUGCGAGGGGGGUGCUGGAGGACUUGGGCUUGGACUUGUUGACGGAGACGGAGGCGAGGGCGUUGUUGAGACGGAGGGUGGAACUGGCUGGGUAG